AUGACCUUAAACAGGAGCUUCACUCAGCUUAUGAUUAUAGGGAGUGCAGAGGGAAUUGCAAUUUUAAGGGUAUGCGCCCUAUCCAAACGCGCCGUGCUACUGCAGUCAUCGGAUAUACUCGCCUAUAAUGAGCUCCCACUCCAUCAGGCCAACAGCAUUAAUGGCAAUUCCAAUGGUAUUACGGCCAUGGCAUCGAAGGCAUCCUCAUCUGCAUCAGCAUCUGCCCCCCAGAACAUCAUCGCCAAUGCCGGGCUGAGCUACGAGGAUGUGCUGAACGAUGAUUUUCAGUUCGACAUGGAUGGCCAUGAUGUAAUGGUCUUUCUGCAUAUCCAGAAAACGGGCGGCACCUCGUUUGGCCGCCAUCUGGUCAGGGAUCUGGACCUCAAGCGUCCCUGCGAGUGCCAGCGGCAAAGGAAGCGCUGCUACUGCUUCCGGCCACAUCGCAAUGAGAACUGGCUCUUCUCCCGCUACUCGACGGGCUGGAAGUGUGGCCUGCACGCCGACUGGACCGAGUUGACCAGCUGCGUGGACGUGGAGCUGGACAAGAAUGAGGGCGAGACGGCCAAGCGGCGAUACUUUUACAUUUCGCUGCUCCGUGAGCCAAUUGCCCGCUACAUGUCCGAGUACCGGCACGUGCGGCGUGGAGCCACCUGGAAGGGAUCGCGGCACUGGUGCCUGGGUCGCCAGGCCUCUGCCGCGGAGCUCCCUGCCUGCUACAAGGGCAAGGAUUGGCUGGACGUGGACCUGGACCAGUUCGCCGGCUGUGAGUCGAAUCUGGCGGCUAACCGGCAGACUCGCAUGCUGGCCGACUUGGCCCUUGUUGGUUGCUACAACAAGUCCUCGAUGCCCGCCCAUGAGAGGGAUCGCGUGAUGCUGGCCAGCGCCAAGCGCAAUCUGGCCGCCAUGGCCUACUUUGGACUGACUGAGUAUCAAAAGGUGAGCUUGAACACUGAUUAUAAAUAA